AUUUACAUAUUUUGUAAUAAUUACUUAUGUUUCACUUUACAAAUGUGUAUCUAUUUUUCUGAAAUUAAUUUAUAAAGAAAGUGUAAAUGGUUUUGUGUUAUAUACAGAGAAAUAGUUAUGGAUUUUGCUAGGAAACUUUCUGUGGUAAUACUAAAUGCACAAAAGACGAGAAGGACGUAUUUCGUUUCUGCUGAGAGGAACUACAAGAGAUGGUUUGCCCCAACUUUAAAAGAAAUGAAGAAGCGAAAGCUCAAAAUGGGUCCACAACCACCUCAGCAUCGUUCUACAUUCCUAGAAUGGAACUAUCAAUCUGAACUGUAUGCUUUUGGAAAACGGCUUGGUGAAGAAUUUAAGAAGGAUCUACUGCAGCGUGCUUUAACUCACCGUUCCUACAUUGUGCAAGAGGAAAUGAGACAGAAGGAAGUUGGUAUUGAAGAUCCCAAGCUUAGCCUUGAGGACAAUCAAGAAUUGGCUAGAAGAGGAGAGGCAUUGAUGAGUGAAUAUUUAAAGCAUCAUCUCCGAUUUGCCCUCCCUCGAUUCCCAGAAGAAGGGAUAUGUGCUAUCCUUGACCAUUUGAUGUCAGUUGAAACUUUGGCCCAUGUUUCCCGACAUCUUGGAACCAGUGACAUCAUUCUUUCUUCUGAUUUUCCUGUUGAAGAAGUUACUCUUGCAACAACAUUGAAAGCUGUAGUUGGAGCACUUGCAGAGAGCUCUGGAGAAGACAGGGCUAGAGAGUUUGUCCGUGACUUCCUUCUUACACAACUAGCAGGAAGAGAUGUGAAUGAGUUCUGGGAAAUUAAGGAUCCCAUAACAACUCUUACAGACAUAUUGAAACGUGAUGGCAGGGGUGAGCCAGAGCCAAGGGUCAUCGGUGAAAGUGGGAGUAACACAGUACUUGCCUCUUACCAAGUUGCUCUCUACUCAGAUAAAGAGUUUUUAAGCAUAGGUUAUGGUGAAUCCAUUUCCAUUGCAAUUGAAAUGGCAGCACAUGAUGCUUUAAAACGUCUGUUCCAUACAACAGAGAAUAUGAAACCUAUUCCAUUCACAAUGGAUGUUGGUGCUAUGUCAGAUGAUGAAUCAAAGCGGAAUGUAAGCAUCAAUGACUGGAGCAGUGCAAAAAUGGAAAAUGUUGUUCAUUGUUAAUAGGAAUCAUUGCAGUUACCACUUUUAGAUGGCAAGAUGAUGUGUCAUUCUUUUUCAUUUAAAACAGUAGUUACACGCAUUCUUCCAUGUAACAGCUGUGUCAAAUGUUAUAUUACAAAUUAAAUAUAUCUUAUUGCAAAUAAAUUUGAACAUACAAUUUA